UUUAAACCCUCCCAAACAAUUCCCACAAUAUUCAACCCCCCAAAAUUUUCCUUCUGUUUCCUUCCAGUUUUCCUUCCUCCCAAACAAGAAAAUGUCUUUCCCCCCUUUUCUCUGUUUUUUUUUCUUCGUUUCUUUCCUUCCACUUUCCACUCCUCUCACUUCAUCCCCUUACCUUUCCCCCACUAUCUUCCAUCCAAAUUACCAAAAAAUGACCCAAAACUUCAAAAUUUACGCUUACCCACCUCCGGAAACGUUGUCGUUUGACUCCCAAGUUGAAUCCCUCUUUUACUCUUCUCUUAUCCACAGUCACUUCAUUACUCAAAACCCUGAAGAAGCCCAUUUGUUCUUCAUCCCUUUCUCUUUCCACUCCGGCCUUUCCGCACGCGCCGCCGCGUAUGUUGUUGGAAAUUACCGUACGGAGUUUAUUUAUUGGAAUCGGACUCUUGGAGCUGAUCAUUUUUUCCUUUCCUGCUCUGGUAUUGUUCACGGUGCGGACCGGAAUGUUGUGGAGUUGAAGAAGAACUCGGUUCAGGUCUCGUGUUUUCCGACGACGGCUGGGUUGUUUAUUCCUCAUAAGGAUGUUAGUUUACCACCACUUGCUAACGUUCACGCUCCGGUACACGCGCCGGGUAGAAAGAGCUCGAGUUAUUUAGGUUACGUGAAGUAUAAUUGGGUUAAAGAGUCGAAUAUAAAGGAACAGCUUUUAGCUGAUCCCGAGUUUGAGGUUGAAUCUGAACCGUCGGAUCAGGUGACUUAUGAGGAAAGACUUGCCGGGAGUAAGUUUUGUUUGUUCGAGUACGGACCGGAGAUAUCGGCGAUCGGUGAAGCGAUGAGUUUCGGGUGUGUGCCCGUGGUGAUUACUGACCGUCCGAUCCAGGACUUGCCGUUGAUGGAUUUGCUUACGUGGCAACAGAUCGCGGUGUUCGUGGGAUCAAGCGGUGGAGUUAAUGAGAUCAAGAGGGUUUUGGGGCGAGUGGUGAUGGCAGAGUACGAGGAUAUGAGGGAAUCAGCUGCGGUCGCGAGUAAGCAUUUUGUGUGGAACGAUACGCCACAGCCGUUUGAUGCAUUCCAUAUGGUGAUGUAUCAAUUAUGGUUGAGAAGACAUACCAUCAGAUAUGCUGAGAGAGAAUGGGCUUAAGAGAGCUUAAGGAUUGAAAGAGUUUUAGCCCGUUGAUUUGUUGUUGACUUCUAAACUUUGCACGGUGGUGAUCACGUAAUUCUUUUGUGAAUUAAUUUUAUAAAAAUAAGAACUAAAAUAAAGUUCCACAUUGAAAUCAUUAAAACCAUUGUUGGUGAUUGGGUUAUCCAUUCAGGUUUAAUGGUAAAGGGAUUAGAAAAAAUAUGAGACUUAAAAGAUUGGAUUUAAGUUUGAGUU